GCCUCUGGUAGCUCAUAGGUAGACGUGCUGCAUCGUCGACCACAUUAUCGCUUACCACCAGGCAAAAUAGUGGCCAACCAAGUAUAAAACAAAACUUGUACGUAAGAGUAACCUACUUAGCAGCUAUGAUAACUCUUUAAUUUCCACAGGUGAUUGUAGAGGACUGCAUGCUGACUGUGAACAAGUUUAUCGCUGAUGGCAAGAAGGUGGAUUACAUAUUUGGGGAUUUGACUGACAUCCCUAUCUCGGAGUCUGCGUGCGGAGAGCUCUGGGAGUUUAUGAUUACCAUCCUUAACUCCUCAUUCAAGAUUCUCAAGCCCAACGGGAAGUUUAUGACCCAUGGCAACGGCGCCACUUCCCCGGAAUCUCUGGAGCUGUACGAGCAGGAACUUGCCAAGCUGAAGCCGCCGGUCAAAUACACGAAGAGCAAAGCCUUCGUACCAUCGUUUCUGGAAGACUGGUACUUCUACCACAUAUCCUUCGCAACCACCGACAACGGGGAUGCUUAACACCACACCAAAGACAUAAAAAUAUUCACAUUUUUACUAAGUCAUAUUAAUGCCAUAUUCCUAGGUAUAAACACCACACAUAAUAAGUUAGAAGCAGUGUUCAGAUUAAAGUGGAAUCACACUAUGAUACCAAACAAAAAUAUUGAUAUGUUUCACAUAAAAACUUUAUGUGAUUUCACUUUGACCUGGACAAAGCAUAUGGUUUCUAUGAACGAAAUUAAAGAUGAUUUUGUUAAGAAGUUAUUUUUUAUUAUUAAAAUUAAUGUUUUCCUGAGUUGUAGACUUGAUAUACAUUUGAGCAGCUCCGCCAAUGACCCGAGGCCCGAGGUUGGCGCACCGUAUGGUAUUGAGGCAGCUAGUACGCCUGUAGCUUGUAAGAAAUGUAGUCACACUACACAAUUUUCCGUAUUAUUAGUUUUAGUUCGAAGUUUACUGUUAUUUCUAUUGAUAUGUGCUCGUUCCUUUAUUUGUUUUAUGAAUAUUAAAAGUAUUUUAACGA